UGCAGAUCAAAGCAAGCAUUAAGAGUAUGAAAGUAAUAUUUCGUUCAACGACACCGGCCGCAGCAUGAAGCUAACCGAGCAGGAUCUCCGCCUUUCGGAGUUCAGCUCUUAUGAGGACUAUCUUAACUCACUUGUCGAUGGCAAAAGUCUCCAAUAUUUCGGUGAUAGAGAAAAUUUAAUCAGUCUGUUCCGUACGGGCUACAGGGCCCUCACCAAAGAAGCUUUUGAAGCGCAAAGAACCUUCCUGCAGGUGACGAAAGAUCCCAACACACUGUUUAGCCGGAACAUAUCGCCAGAGGAUCCAUUUCUGCAAGAGCUUGCCAAACGCGAACGUCCCAACCGGUUGGGGCUUAUGUCGACCAUAAUUUACAUGCGCUACAUGAAGAAAAACACAGAAAUCUCCGGUUACAUCGACUACGAGGAAGCACUGCGCCGUGUACACCAGGACCAGCAGUACUCAAACAACUGGAAAGCCAUCUUCGCAGGUGAAAAGGUACUCUACCCAACGCCCGUCGAUCUGCUAUACUACAACGCAAAAACCGGUCGCAGUAGGAAGAACAACACGCGCAACUAUCAAAUCCUUUGCGAUCCUCUCCGUGGCAUCAUCUUCCGCAACAUGUACGAUCGCAAGGACAUCCUGCCGGAUCCGGUGGCAAGCUUUUACGGUACCAAUACAAGCCGCACUGAGAUCGAAAGCGAUCUAUACGAACAGGUCGUCCUGUACGAUCAUGUCGUACGGAAGAACUACUAAUUGCGGAAGCACCCCAAAAGCAUGGUAACGAAUCAAUACCCAUUCUAACUGCCGUCAAGGAUUCCAGGCGUCCUUCUCCGUAUGGCGCCGUGACGUUUUCACUUGUAUCCCCAUUGCCUUUUUCUCUCUCUCUCUCUCUCUCUCUCUCUCUCUUGUUUUGUCCCCCUUUCGACAUAUUUCAAAAAUGAAUCACUUUCCACGGCGCCACACAAGCUAGCGACAACUGUCUUUCCAACGCCUGCGCCUUACUAGGGAACGCUUUUUCUCCUUUGCAUCGUGACUCUCUUGCCUUUGCGCCUCACCAACAUCGUUAAACAGCUCCCGAAAGUAGGGAAAAUGCACCAAAAGGCGCGGAAUAAAACAAUCCGAAACCGUACUGACCUCCCUCUCUUUACGAGCUUUUGUGCUACGGGAACAGAGCCAGGCAUCGGUACAGUGCGCGGGAACGAAUGCACUUCUGGUGCCAUUUUACGCGCACGCGGUUUGCGUUUGUGUGUGUGUGUGUACGUGUGUCUGGGAUGGAGUGAUGUACAUACGGGUACGGUGUACGGCAUGGGAUCGUGUUGAUUCGCUUUAUCCUUUGCAAGGGAUCCCACCGACCGGGUGCUCGUUGUCGCUCGUAGUUCGCGUUGAGUUGAAGCGUAAAUUUACGAUUACUAUCCCGAACGUCAUCAACCCGGGGCUCACAUUUAGCAUAGUGGGGCACACUUGUUUGAAACCGACCCACCUCCCGCACUCGCUUUUUGCUAGUGAAGCGAACUACAAACAAGGACCGAAAAACCAAUGACGUUCUAACGCUGCGACCCUGGGAAACGUUUGGCCUUGUUUCAGUCGUCACAUGCACACGCGAUGCAUCACUCUCCCCACCGAUGCCCGUUGUGUGGAUGUGUUUGUAAUGAUAUUGUUGUAGUAUGCGGAGAGCCUUUUAUUUCUAUACCGGGAAACGCAACAGGAUCCGUACGAUAGAAUCGCAGGAAACAGGUGCGGUUUGCAACGUUUGGCAAGGUCAUGUUAGCGAAAAAGAAGGCAUCCCCUUUGCAAUCGUACUGCUAAUUAGAAUUUACCACAAACGAACCUUAGCCGCCCACCAGUUUGAUGUGUGCGUGUGAUUUGGAUCUGAUUAGCGACUUAUCUUGAGUAGGCUAAUCAGUGCAAAUCCUCGAUGAAAUCGUACCAGCUUCAGCUUCCGCAACACGGCACGACCUUGCAGCCUAACCUGGCUAUUCUGAGAUAUUGUUGGGCAGUCGGUAAUGGGGUCGGCAACCAGUACCGAUUGUGUAGGCGUACACACCUAGACGUGGAGAGCCGGCACGUUCAUUCAUUCUCGACACCCCCUGGCCCAUCUCAUACUUCCACUGCCCCUCCCCAUCCUUGCACUCUGAUAAGCAAAAUCACCAACAAAAAGGACUCCCGAUGCUUGGUUCGCCUUUUUUUGGGCGAUGCGUUGGUAGCGCUCAUGAAAGCUCCCAGGCAUGCCCACGCACCGGCGUAACCCGGCGUUCGUAAUCGUGAGCUCGUUCGGCAGAACGUUUAUGACGUCACCAACGCCAUUAUGUUCAAGUUCGCUUUUUUUUUUCGUUAAAGUUGUUGCUCUUGUGUUGGGAGGAUGCUUUCGCCUUCUUGGUGGGAGAUGCUUUCAUCAGCCUAACCGUGCCGUUUCGUGCCGUGCUGUAAUUUGCAGCUUAGCUAGAUAUUGGUUUAUCCGGAAAGGACAGGUCGGUAUCGUUUGUUGUCGCACAACCACAACUUCCUCCCGCAACCUGACCCGGCGACCCUUUGCUCCAGGGAAUCGUAAACCACAGCGUAGUUGGGAAUCGAGCGUUGGCGGAAAACUGCACACUAUACACUGUUCCCUUACCACCCAGAAGCAGCUAAAUCAUUUCGCAAACAGUUUCUCAGGUGCGUUCCCACAUUGUUUUUCACUUUACGAGGGAAAGUCGCCCCCCCCCCCCCUUCGAUCGUGUCCGGAUGUACAAUUUUAUUCGAUGAAAGCUUUGGGGCUUCCCUUUGCUGCUGGUUUAUGAGCUCGGGGAGAGAUUUCACGUUGGUUUCACAUGAAUAAAUGGACAACGAGGACAGCGGUGCUAGCUUAUUUACAAUACGUUUGGUAUUGGACCGCGUGGUUUGUUCGUAUCGUUUGAGAAAUGGAACGAAAGUUCUACGGAAAGAUAGGGCCACCCAGACCCGGAAUGGGAGCCGCGGCAAUCCGGCAAACCGAUAACAGUGUCUGUGUGUGCGAGUAGCUGCCCGGUGUAACGAUGAAAUAAAUUGCCCAAAAAAUUAGAUUAACGGUUUCGGCACAUGGCAUGGCGAGCUUCAGACGACCUGGCCACGGUCGUACGUAGUUGUACAAAAAUCGAAAGAAAAGAGGUUAGCCAAGCCGUAACGAAGGAGAUAUUUGCCAGAUUCAUUGCACUUUGGCGGAUAUCAGGGAAAUUAAUAAAUCUUAGAUAUGUGGGAUGGGACUAGCAAGCUUUGGUGGGGUGGAUAGAUUAGCAGUUACAUAAAAGGGCUAUUUUUAUACAUGUUCUAUUCGAAUUCAGUUCCGGGAUGGAAUAGCAUUAUCGUUGAUCUGCGCUCCUCUUGAAGCAACUCUUCGACAUAAUAAUUCCCUACAGAGAGCAAAGACUGUAAGCUAAUCGUCAUCGUACUCAACUUAUGGCUUAUGAUGUCAACGAGGUGGAAUGUUGAUAACGACGCGUGAGGAGCUAUCACUGUAGCAUGAUAAUUACAAAUUUGGCAAAAAAAAAUGAUUUUUUUCUGUGUUUAUAAAUCAAAAUUUAAGCGUCAUCGAAAGUCAUAGCAAUCAAACCAAAUUACUUGCUUGAGUACGCUUUC